UGCAUUUACGUUAGCUGAUCUGAACGGAUCGAAGUGGAAUUCGCUAUAUAUAUAUAUAGAUAUAUAGAGAUAAAGUCAGCUAUGGGCCAGUUUUAUGGUUUAUUUCGACUGCUGUUGGUCAGCUUCUUUGUGCUGGCUAUAGCCAAAGCGGAAAAGGACCGUCAGCAUGGACGAACCCUGGCAAGGCCCACGCCAGCCGUUAGAUUUGAGAAGGAAACGCUAAGCAGCUACUGGCGCGAGGAUGCGCAGAAGACACUGGCCCACAAGCUGGAUGCACUGGCUCAGCUGAAGAAGCAAGGUGCCAAGAAUGUGAUCUUGUUUCUGGGCGAUGGCAUGUCGAUUCAUACGAUAACUGCGACCAGGAAUCUGCUUGGGGACAGCUCCGAGAAGGUGUACUUUGAGAAGUUUCCCUAUACGGGUCUAUCGAAGACCUACUGUGUGAAUCGCCAGGUCGCUGACUCCGCCUGCACCUCCACAGCUUAUCUGGGCGGUGUGAAGGGCAACUAUGGUACGAUUGGUGUGAAUGCGAACGUGUCGCGUUACGAUUGCAAUGCCGCCUAUGUGGAGCAGAAUCAGGUGGAUAGCAUCGCCAAGUGGGCGCAGGAUGCGGGCAAGGAUGCGGGCAUUGUGACAAGUGCCAGAGUCACGCACGCCUCACCAGCUGGCGCCUAUGCGCACAUCUCCGAUCGCAACUGGGAGAACGAUGCAGAGGUUAGGGCUCAAGGUUGCGAUCCAGAGGUCAGCAUAGACAUAGCUCGUCAGCUGGUCGAAUGGGAGGUGGGCAAGAAAUUGAAGGUGAUUCUCGGUGGCGGCAGACAGAUGUUCCUGAACGAGACCGUGCGUGAUGAGGUGGGUCAUCCCGGCUAUCGCCAGGACGGACGCAAUUUGAUCAAGGACUGGCUAGCCGAUAAGCAGGCACAGAAUGCCUCGGCGAGCUAUGUGUGGAGCCGCAAAGGUCUAACCGAAGUGGACUUGGAUAAUACGGACUAUCUGCUGGGUCUCUUUGCCAAUGGGCAUUUGCCCUAUGACGGCGAUCGUGAGCGCAGCCCUAAGAAUAGCCAUUUAGCUGAUCCAUCGCUAACCGAACUGACGGAGGCCGCUUUGAAGAUUCUACGGAAGAAUGAGAAAGGAUAUUUCCUGUUUGUGGAAGGCGCACGCAUCGACAUGGCCCAUCAUUCGAACUAUGCACGUCGCUCGCUGGAGGACACUGCCGAGUUCGCUCGCGCCAUACAGAAAGCACGUGAAAUGACCGACGUGGAAGAUACCCUAAUUGUCGUGACGUCCGAUCAUUCGCACGUAAUGACCAUCAAUGGUUAUCCGCUACGCGAACAGGAGAUAACUGGCUUGGCUAAUAGCUUAGCCGACGAUGAGAGACCCUAUAAUAUACUCUCCUAUGCCAAUGGACCCGGCUAUGCGGGCACAUACACUAAGGCAGACGGUCGCAAGCCCAUUAGCCAGAAGCACACCGAAAAUCCGAUGUUUGUGAAUCCGGCAAUGGUGCCGCUCAGUGCCGACACCCAUGGUGGGGAUGAUGUUGCUGUUUUCGCUUCGGGUCCUUUCGCCCAGUAUUUCAGCGGCAAUUACGAGCAGACCAAUAUUCCUGCUAUGAUGGCCAGAGCUGCUGCUAUCGGUCCUUUUGCCAAUGUCCAGCCUUAGAUGCGGUCUCUCUCACUCUCUCU